GUUCAGUGCCGGAACGGAGACCACGGCGACGACGGCCGAAUGGGCUAUGGCUCUGCUGCUAAACCACCCCGAGGUCGUGAAGAAAGCGCAGGCGGAAAUAGACGCGUCCGUGGGGAACUCCCGCCUGAUCGGCUCCGAGGACGUGCUGCGCCUCCGCUACCUCCAGUGCAUCGUCAGCGAGGCCCUCCGCCUGUACCCUGCCGCGCCGAUGCUUGUGCCGCACGAGCCCAUCGCGGACUGCACGACCGGCGGCUACCACGUCCCGAGCGGAACCAUGCUGCUCGUCAACAUGUACGCCAUCCAGAGGGACCCGGCGGUAUGGCCGGACCCGACCGCGUUCAAGCCGGAGAGGUUCGAAAAUGGCAAGCCCGAACGGUCGUUCAUGAUACCGUUCUGGAUGGGACGGUGGAGUUGUCCCGGGGAGACGCUCGCGGUGCGGACGGUGGGGCUGGUCCUGGGGAUGUUGAUCCAGUGCUUCGAUUGGGAUACGAUCGGCGGUAGCAAGGUUGACAUGACUGAAGCGGCCGGGAUCACACUCCCGAGGGUUGUUCCUCUUGAGGCCAUGUGCAAGCCACGCCAAGCUAUGGGUCAUGUGCUUGAGAAGCUGGCAUUUAGUUAUCAAGUUAGUAUGUUCGUUAUGAAUGGGAGAAAGCUUGAUUCGACGUUGAAUCGUUGA